CAUAAACAUAAAAUGUAAGUUCUUCGUAGGAAAAAUAUAAAUAUUUAAUCAGCUUAUGCGAAAGCUAUUUCUUGCUUUUAGGGUUCUUUCUUUUUCUUCCAUAUAUCUAACUGGACAUCUGUAAUUUCUCAAUCAAACGGUUCAAAAUGGAUCUCGAAGUUCUCGGCCGUCACGCGCUGUUCUUCGACGACGACGCUCUGGCGGCGUUUGUGAACUCACCUGAAGCACUUGUCGAUUGGAAUUCUCUCUCUAUAGACCGUUACGAUGUCCGUCACCUCCUUUCCUCUCCUCCGCCUCCUCGCAAUCGCCGCCGUCUCAACCGUCGUUCUCCGUCGCCGGACGAUGGUUCUCUCGAAGCGGAACUUGAUCGUGAACGCUACCUCGAUCUACCAUCAUCAUCCGAUAAUGAACAAGGUUUAGAAAAUGAAGCAGAAGUAGAGAAGCCUGGCAGCUAUAAUGCAGUCGCCUUCUCAUAUGGAGCUCCUAAUGAAUCCUCUGAACAAAAGAGUAUCAACGAGGAAUCAACUUUUUGUCCACCUUUUCCUGUGCCUGAACACUUACUUCAGAACCUGCCUCCAACAGAGAAGGUGCACCAGAUUAUUGCCAGGACUGCCAUAUUUGUGAGCAAACAUGGUGCGCAAUCAGAAAUCGUUUUGAGAGUUAAACAAGGAGACAACCCAACAUUUGGGUUCUUGCUACCAGAUCAUGAUUUUCAUCCUUACUUCAGAUUUCUUGUUGAUCGCCAAGAACUUCUAAAGUCAGAUGUCGAUGGAAAAUCUAUAGAGAGUAAAGCUGAUGGCGAUCUUAAUCAGAUGGGUGCUGGUGCAUUGUCAUUGCUUGGUUCUGUAUAUGGGUGUGGAGAAGAUGAAGAAGGUAUGAAUGAGGAAGCAUUAACACUGACUAAAAAAGAAAUUGACUUGGAGGGAGCUGUUAAUGCUGAAAAUAUAACUGAACCCCCUGGAUCAGAACAAAAAAAAAAUUCCCUGAAUGUAGGUGGAAAAGAGGAGGCCCUUUCAAAGCCGCCAUCUGCUUCUUUCAAAGACAAGUCUCAUGUUAUUAAAAAAAAUCGUUCAAUCAGUUUGGUUAGGAAUGGAACAGCAAUUGGGGUAAAGAAAGAUGGUGAUACCACAGGCUCCAUUUCCUCAGCUUCUGAUAAAUUGCAGCCUUCCAUUUCCUCUAGCAUGUCCAAGGUUGAGCCACCUGUUGUGGAACCUCCCUCUGAUUUGAAGAGAGUGGUUGAUAAGAUAGUUGAGUUCAUACUUAGAAAUGGGAAAGAAUUGGAGGCCGUUCUUGUUCAGCAGGAUACUAAUCAUGGGAGAUUCCCAUUUCUCCUACCAUCCAAUAUAUAUCAUCCUUACUAUUUAAAAGCUCUCCAAAAAGCUAAAGAGCCAAGGAUGGCUGGAAAGAGCUUCACUUCAGAGAAGCAUGCUUCACUAGGGAAUGGAACGGAGAAGAAAAGUGGAAACAAAGAAGGUGAUACUGUGACCUCGGGUUCUGACAUACCAUAUGAAUCUGAUAGGAAAGAAAAAUUUAAAAUGGUAAUUGGAAAGUCAAAGAAGGAUGAUAACGAUCCAUCUUCAAAAGCUUCCCAGUCACAAGUUGGAGUAAGUGUGGAUGCAGCAGCUGCUAUUCUUCAGGCCGCCACAAAAGGCAUUAAGGAUCCCAAUUUAGAAAUUCUCUUUAAGACAAUAAAUGGUAUUGGUCAAGGUGGGAACAGCCUACUUUCAUCUCGGCCUCAAAGUUCCAACCAGAUGCUAGAUCAAAAUAAGGCUGCUGCAGCCACAACCAAGGUUGAUUCCUCCGAAGCAAGCUUGACUAGGGAGCAGAAGCUAAAGGCUGAGAGACUGAAACGGGCAAAAAUGUUUGCUGCAAUGGUAAAAAGUGGUGCUGCACCAGCUAAGAGUGAAACAUCACGUGGGUUAUCUCUAGAACCGUCUGAUUCUGGGAUUUCUGGGUCAGAUUCUCAGGCUGUGCAACUUCCCGGCAGAGAAAGGGAAGGUGAUUCAGCUCCUGUGGAAAUUGACACUAGUAGUGAAAUCGAGAGAGCAGAAAAGAAACGAUCUGCUGAUGAACACAAUGAACGGAGAUCAAAGAGGAGCUACCGUUCUAGAUCUAAAAGGGGUGAAGGAGAAGGAGAAGAAGAAGAAGAUGAUGUAGAUGAAGAAUUGAAAGAAGACAACAAUCACAAACUUUCUAAGAAAAAAAGGCGAUCCCAUCAUUCGUCUCGUAGCAGUAGGGAUAGGCACAAGCACAGGAAAAGACACGCUUCUUCCAGGGACAGAGAAUCUCAACACCGGCAUAAGAAUACUAGUGCUGUGGAUGAUGAGCAUCAGCAGGAUCAAGACAGUUUUUCAGACAAUGAGCAUAGGCGCACUAGACAUAAGCACAGGCAUGAUAGUUCUUCAAAUGAUGAACCUGGGCAUUCUAGACGGAGGCGGAGACAUGACAACAGUUCCCCUUGUGAUGAGGAUAGACAAACUCGACGUAGGCACAAGUACUAUGGCUCCUCUGAUGAUGAACGAACACACUCCAGCUAUAGGCGUGAUUCCAGUGAUGAUGAGCAUUGGCAAUACCAAGAUCGGCAUAAAGAAGGUAGGUCCUCAGAUGAUGAGGAUCAGCAUCGAGCCAGAUCUGUAAAGCACAGAAAGAUAUCUCGGUCGGAAAGAGAGGAGGAUUUGGAGGAGGGAGAGAUCCUAACAAAAUCUGAUCAAUCCAAAGUUAGCGAUGGUGGUGAAGGUGGCAGUAGGGAAGCUUCUGUUGAUUUAUCAAAAUCAUCUGAAAAUGCUCAAGUUUCUGAUGACCUUAGAGCCAAGAUCCGAGCCAUGUUGAUGGCGACCUUGUAAAGUAGCCUCGUCAGUCUCUUCUCUAGUUAAGUUAUUUAGUGACUGUAUUCCUCAACUCUUUUAGGACCAAGUUGUAGAAAUCUUGUAUUAUCCGUUGCAGAUCUGUGAAGGAUUUCUAUUUGACAAAGUUACAAUGAAACAAUGUACCUUUGAAAUUGAAGAAGAUAUUUUUGAUGCUUGAGUUGAGCUA